ACUGAAAUAUCUAUUGCGUUAACAUAAAAAAGAGGACAGUAGACGAGCCAACUAGUAUCUACUCAGGAAUUCGCUUGCAACUUUAUGCAGUUUAUUAAAAUCAUGAAAUCUGUAAUUUCAUAAUUAAAUUUCAUAUGUUCUAGUUUACUUUAUAGUUUCCAAAUUCUUAAUUAUACUCUGCGCUUUCUAUUAGCUACUCGCUCUACCUCGUUGGUAUUUAUUUAUCCUGAAGAAAUGUGGAGCACUGGGAUUAGGGUGUUCAACAGGAAGUCUGUUUUACGGGCUUCUCAGCUACGAUAUUUGGCUAGGUUGUCAGUGAAGUACAAGGAAAAUCCAGAGGAUAAAAUGCAAGCUUGGCAGAUACAUUCUUAUGGCAAUUUGGAUGAACUAAAAUUGUCUACUGUAAGGAUGCCAGUUAUAACAAAACCGACAGAAGUUUUAAUCAAAGUUGAAGCUUCUAGUGUCAAUCCAAUUGACGUGGCUAUGAUGAAAGGAUACGGUGCUAUGGCUUUGAAUCUUAUGCGCAAAGCAAAGAAUGUGAAUAAUAUCAAUAGCUCAGGUAUUGAGUUUCCUUUGAUUAUGGGUAGGGAUUUCUCUGGUGUGGUUAUUUCAAAGGGUCAUGGUGUUGGGGACAGACUCAAGUUGGGCGACAAAGUCUGGGGUGUUGUUUCGAUAGAACAGCAAGGAUGCCAUUCCAGUCACGUUGUUGUUGAUAACAGUAUGGUAAAUCCAAGACCUGAAAACUUGUCAUACAUUGAAGCAGCCAGUAUAUUAUAUGCAGGCCUCACUGCGUGGUCUGCCUUAUGGUGGUGUGGUGGCUUAUCUUAUAAAACUUCCAUCGCCACUAGGAUGAACAGAAGAAUGUUGGUUUUGGGUGGAUCUGGUGGCGUAGGCACUUUAGCUAUACAACUCUUGAAGGCAUGGAACAUGCAUGUAAUAACAACGUGUAGCAGCGACGCAGUAAACGUUUUGAAAAAAUUGGGUGCUGAUGUAGUCAUAGAUUACAAGCAAGAUGAUGCAGACAGAAAGAUAUUUGAAGAAGGCCCGUACGACAUAAUUUUGGAUUGUUGCAAUCAAGGAAUCGAACAGGCCAAAGCCAAAGGAUAUCAACAUGAAAGUUACAUAACAUUAAAUUCUCCUCUUCUAAAAAAUUUGGAUGAGCACGGUUUGAUCGGUGGAAUGAUUAGAAAUAUUAGUGAUUUCUGUAAACAUAAUCUUCCGAAAGCAGAAAACAAGAGUACGCUAAAAUGGGCGUUUUUCACACCUUCAUCGGAGGGUCUCAACAUGAUUCAAGAGUUUGUAGAAAAUGGAAAACUUGUACCAGUCGUUAAAAAGGUUUAUCCUUUUCAAGAACUACCAAAAGCCUACGAACGGGUAUCGCUAGGACACUUGCGCGGCAAAAUAGUAAUCGACAUGAAGUGAUAUACUUUGUAUAAAUAAAUUGUUUAUUGUAUAAUAAGAA